AUGACUGAUAAAGGAGAGAAGGUGGCUGUAGAACCUGAAAAUGUGUUUAAACGUCCCAGGGAAUCUGACAGUCCUUCAUAUCAGAAAAGGCAGAAGAUGGCCAUGUUGGCAUGGACAAAAGGAGCAAGAGGCGAUGGUAUUGGACACUCCGCCAUGUCUAUGGAAAAGGAGCUUAAGGCAGGAGAUGGUAUUCUACCCAGCCAAUUGGAUUCUCGGAUUGAUGACUUCACUGGCUUUAGCAAAGAUGGGCUGAUGCAGAAACCUGGUAGAACUUCACCUGUAGGAGUCAUCGUUACCAACAGUUUCUCUGCAGAUGACCUAAAAUGCAGAGAAAUACUCCCUUUUCUAAAAAGCCAAGAAGAAAUUAAUGCUGAUAUAAAAUAUCAGUUAGUGAAGGAAAUUCAAUGCUUUGGACAAAAUUAUGAAAAAAUCUUCAAAUUACUUGAAGGAGUGCAAGGACCUAUAGAAGUCAAGAAACAAUUUUUUGAAUCCAUCAUCAAUGAAGCAGCAAGAUAUAUGAGAGGAGACUUAAUUCUGCACCUUGAGAAGAAACUGGAAGAAAUGACUUCUGGCUACUUGUCCAAGAAGGAACAUCACACCCUAAAUGCAUAA